GUUUUAGCUCCUCCCACCUUCUUCCCCGAAAACCCUUGCAAACUACAGUGAACCGACUUUGGGGGAGCCCUAUAUGCUCUUCUCCACGCUACUCCUUAAAUGAUCAAACCCUCAAUUCUUUCAAAUUUCCCUCUCACUGUCCCAAAAUGAAACCCAUUUCUCGGAGGCCCAUUUUCACGCUUUCCUUUUUCGCCACGGCGAGCCACAGAACAAUCAAGAAUUCCCAUUUUGUAGCGUUUUCCACGCAGACCCAUCAAGGCUCCGGCUUCCAUCCCCGGCGGCAGGAGGAGGAGAGCCGCAGUGUGCGGGUGUCCGUGUGGUGGGAUUUUGAGAAUUGCAAUUUACCGUUGAACACCAAUGUGUUUAGAGUGGCGCAGUGCAUUACCAAUGCCGUCAGAGCUAAUGGGAUUAAGGGUCCCAUUCAGAUUACGGCUUUCGGUGACGUAAUGCAGAUUUCCAGGACCAACCAAGAGGCCCUUUCUUCUACUGGGAUCAGUCUCACCCAUGUUCCUUCUGGUGGCAAGAACAGUGCUGAUAGGUCUCUUCUUGUUGACCUUAUGUACUGGGUUUCCCAAAAUCCUCCACCAGCACACCUUUUCUUAAUAUCUGGUGACCGAGAUUUUGCUGGCAUUUUACAUCGGCUAAGGAUGAACAACUACAACAUCUUACUAGCUAGUCCAGAUAGUGCUCCUAGCGUCCUCUGCAGUGCAGCGACUAUCAUGUGGCAAUGGAGUUCUUUACUCAAAGGAGAGAACCUUACAGGGAAGCUCUUCAACCAGCCUCCAGAUGGUCCAUACAAUUCUUGGUAUGGUUACUACAAGGCUCCCCUUGAGGAUCCAUUUCCAGUUACAGAUCAAUCCUCAUGUUUGCACACUGAUGAAUCAUGUGGGUUGGCUCCAGAUUCUAAGCCUCGACCAAUUCCAAAGGCUGUAAUGAAGCAUAUCCGUCAGAUUCUUAAUUCAUAUCCUGAAGGAAUUUCGAUUACAAAUCUUCGGGCAGAAUUAGCUAAGAGUAAUUUGACAAUAGACAAAGACUUCUAUGGAUGUAAAAAGUUCUCUCGUUUUCUUUUGGCCAUGCCACACAUUUUAAGGCUUUAUAAUGGAACUGAUGGCCAGCUUUUUGCGAGAGGUGCAAACACCAAAUUUCUUGAUGAAUCUGUUGUGGCUACAUAUGUAGAGCCUACAGCUAAUGAUGGAGAACCUGAAGUUGGCAGUGUUGCUAAACCAAAUGGGGAGGUAAGUGCUAGUGAGGAUAUGAGUGAGAAGUCAAGAUUGUUUCCAGUUCCAGAACCAAAAUCAAAAGCUCAGUCAGCAAACUCCCAUGAGUACCAGAAGGAAGAAAAGCAGAAUGAGUCGUCUUCAUCACUGAGUUUGCAAGGGACCAAAGUGAAAGCUCAAGCAACGCAAGAUCAGAAGAAUGAAGAAAAGCGGAAAGAGACCCCUUCAAAAAGAAAUAUUAUUCAAGAGAUACGACAGCAAGAGAGAAAGGGAAAAGUGCAGGAGAAACCAAAGCAAGUUGAUGUGGCUUCUCCAGGUGUUGAAAUCAAAGAGUCUUCUGAAAAACGUAAGAACCAAGUUGUUGUUCCUAAUGAGCUUAGUUCUGCUCCUGAAAUUGGGAUCUUCAGAAGGAUAUGGAUGUGGUGGUUUGGAAGUGGAGAUACUAAUUCUAGCAAGAGGAACUGUCGGAAAGGUGAUGAGAAGUCGGCUGGAAAGGAUAAUAUUGAGGAAAAAACUCUGAUAACAUGCCAAUCUGCCAAGUCCGUCCAUCCAGCUAUUUUUUCACCUUCGAGUCAUGAGGCUUUGGUUGAUGGAAAAAUUGCUAGGAGUAGUGAUGCUGUUACUGAUGUAUCCAGCCAAGGUUCGAGCUUCUUCAAUCGGUCCACGAGCUGGUUUAAACUUUGGAGUUCCUGGGAGUCUGAUGAUAAAGUGGAAAAAAAUGGUGAAACAGUAGAUCAGAUGGAAGUUACUCUGGAGCAGUCUGAGAUUUUCUUAAAAGAAUCCUUUUGGAAAGAACUGGAGUCAUUCAUUGACACAUCCGAAGGCGUAGCUGCUGUUUUGGAGUCAAGGACCAGGGAGCAUCUGGUGCAAAAUCUACGAAAACAGGGACCUCCAGUUCUGAGCUCUCUUCCUGAAGGAGAUCUUCUUCACCUGGUUGACUUGUUGGUUUCUGACAAGAAAUGGGUGGAAGUAGAUGACUCUCGGACAUUUCCUUUCAGGCUCACUAUGCUGGCUGGGAAGCAUCCGCAUCAUAAACCACCUCUUAGUUCAAAUGGAUUGAGUCAUAUUUUCUCAGGCAGGCAGCCAAAUUUACAGGAAUCUGGAGAGAGAAAGCACCAAAAUCCUCCUCAUGCUGGAGUUCAACAACCCGUAGUUCAUAGAGUUUCCUCGGGCAAGCCCAGAAGUGAGAUAUUGGCCGACUGCCAAAAACUUGUGGAUCAUAUUGUAAAGGAGUAUCCAGAAGGAUUUAACAUGGGAUCCUUUAGGAAACUAUUCCUUGAAAAACACGGUUAUGCUCUUGAUCUGCAGAAGCUUGGCUAUGAAAAGUUGGUGAAUCUUUUACAGAUAAUGCCUGGGGUGAGAAUCGAGUCUAAUCUAAUCGUUCCCGCUUCAGCAUUCAAGAAUCUUGACCCACAAAACAUUGGUAUUCCUAUGGAAGAAAGUAAGGUCAGUCCGGUGAUUGACUCACAUGGUGAAUCUUCGGUUUCGUCGACCAAAGAUGAUGACGGUGACUCUUCUUGGGACGAGCUUGGUCCCCUUGACAGUUCAGGCCCUGGAAAACGGGCAGCAGAAGCAAGGUUGAAUAGGAAAGGCCAAAAUGGAAGAACAGAGUCAAGGCUUCCUGAUUAUGAACCUCUAGAAGAGGAUGACAUCUCUGAUUCAGAAGAGGAGACAUCCUCCAAAUCAGAAAACGAAAUCAAGUCUAGAUUGGAGGAAGAAAGUUCUUUGCUGCAGAUUCUUGAUUCAUGGUACAGCAACAAAGGAGCAGAUGGCAGGAAAGAUGAAUCCACGAGUACCGCCAAUGCAACAGAUAGCACAGAAAUUGGCCUUGGGACCAAGAACGAGUCUCCAGUUGUAAACCCCACACGGAAACAGAAAUCUGUUAGGACCUAUUCAUUUGUCAUGGAGCAACCCGUUGAUGAUAAGGAUAAACUCGUCGACGGCAUAUUGGGUAGCUUGAAGAAGUCCAGUGAGAAGUCAACUGAGUCUAGAGUAUUGGGUUGAACUAUAUUCAGACUAGAAAGAGUACGUUCCCAUGCAGCUCAUCAAUGCAUUAAAUAGCCCACAUGAUAUUUUUUUAGUAGUUUUUAGUGGAAUAGAAGCACUCAUGCACCAAUUGAUGGACGAGAGAGGAACGCUUGAAUCAACGUGGCAACAUAGAAGGUUCCCAUACGCACAUUCCAAUCAAGUAGAGCUACAUGGUUACUUGUAAGCUGUGACAUUCUUUUACCAGGUAACAUUCCUGACUGAGCUUUAUAUUGCAUUGUUUGAGGUUCCAUGGAGACUUUUCAAGGAUUAUGCAUAUGUAAUACAGAAUGAUUGAUACCACAUGCUUAGGGGCAAUGUUCUUUGACACGUUUUCGGUAUAGUUUCUAGCCAAUUAGGGGCUUGAAAUGAGUCAAGCUUUUGAAAAUUCUUGAACUCGAGCUCAUUGGCAAGCUUUCAAAUUUAUAUUUGAGUGAGCUCGUUUUAACUGAUAUAUAAGCACCUUUGUGAAACUUGCCUUUUUUCUUAGGUG